CUCAAAUCCAUCUCUCUGCCUUGCUCUUCUCGCUGCCACUUGUCUCCGCAGCGGCGGGCUCUCUGCAGUCCACACGCGACGGACACGCCGCCUUGCCUCACCCUCCGCUCGCAUUGCCCAGCUGGCCCAAGAGCCUCAUCCAAACAGGAGGGUUACUCAAACUCCAGAUUUUCAAUUAGCACUUCUUGGGGCUACUCUAACUGCAGCUUAUCAGUUAGCACUUCUUGCUUGUGUUUCCGAUAGAUGCACGUGAAAUUCGUGGCGAAAAGGCUAAAUCUGUUUGGAUAUUCUAGCUAACUGAUUUAUCUAGAACUAGAAGAAGGAAUGGGCUCAAGGGUUUUAUUUAUGUUCUUUGUCAGCCUUGUUAUGGGCAAUAGAAGCUUGGCUUUAGACGAUGCUGCUGUUGAAAAGACUCUAAAUGAGAACACACUAUCUCAUACAACAAGAGGAAGCCCACAACUAUGCCAACUUUGUGAGCAGUUUGCCACAGAAGCCCUCUUCUAUCUGAAGGAGAAUGAAACGCAGAUCGAGAUUAUAGAUACUCUUCACCAAGCGUGUUUAAAAUUUAAAUCUCUCAAGUUGGAGUGCACACAGUUGGUGGAUUAUUAUGCUGCUCUGUUCUUCACAAAAAUUGCUUCUAUAAGCCCCGAAGAAUUUUGUGUAUCAGCAAGUCUUUGUGAGGAAGUUACAUUCAUCCGCCUCCCAAUACAGGAACAUGCUUGCACCCUUUGCCAUCAGGUUGUAAAUGAGGUUCUUACCGGUCUCGAAGAUCCUGAAACGGAGCUUAAGAUAACUGAGAUACUUCUGAAAGGAUGCAACAAUGCCGAGAAUUUCGUCCAGAAGUGCAAGAUGUUAAUAAUCCAAAAUGCACCAGUCAUACUACAAGAUAUCAAGAAGUUCCUCGAGAAGAGGGAUUUCUGCAAUUCCAUCCAUGUUUGUGGAAGCAAGGCUGUUCACGCUAGAGGAGAUUUCCUGAGAGCCCUUUUUACAGCCUGAGCUUUAAAGAGGAAUGUAUGUAUGCAACAAACAAUGCUGGUACAAGUCAGAAAGAAGAUUUUUAAGGCAUGGAUAUUUCCAAAUGACUACAGGUUUUCUGAUCGUAGAAAAGUGAAAUGGGAUUGGCUCUAAAAAAAAGUGAAAUGGGAUUUCCACUAAAUCGUGAAAGCCUCUGUGGUAGUUGUCACUACGUCAUUGUAUAUGGAACAUGAGCAACACGUAUUUUCAAAAUGUAUAUAUGUAUGUGAAUAUAUUAUUAAUUAUAAUGAAUUUGUAUGUAUUGCCUCUUGA